AUGUCUUGCCUUAAAGAAGUAUAGAAUGGUGGUAUUGUUUCCUGGAGUGAUUCUAAGAAGAAUAAUUUCUUAUUUGCAGUUGCUCAAACUCAAGUAAGUUAGGAAUUGCAUGGUAGCGAGCAAUUCCUUUUGCAAAUCAUGACCUUUGAUGCAGCUGAAAAAGGACUUUAACCAAAUCGCUUAGGUGUCACUCUUAUGCAAGUUCCAGCUUCUUCCAUUACAUGGUCUACAUUUGGUGAAGAUACUGGAAAUUUCCCUUAUGGACUUAUUUGUAUUGGUCACACUGAUGGCUCUUUUGUCAUUUAUGAUGCAAAUCAAAUUAUCACUUAAACCAAAGCCAAUCCAGAUGCUCUUACUUAUGAUGUUGGCAGAUUGUGCUUAAUUAAAGAAUUUAGCGUUCCUGUUUAUGCAGUAGAAUAUAAUAGUUAUAAGCCAAAUUUAAUCGCUAUUGGUGGUGAUGAGGUUCUUGUUGUUGAUAUUUCAAAAGAGAUUGAAAAUCCAGAUAUUAUCGCUCCUUGUGAUACUAAUUUGCAUUAAGGUGGUUACAUAACCUCUGUUUCUUGGAAUAAAAAGGUCCCCCACGUUUUAGCUUCUGCUUCAAGUAACGGUGUUGCAGUUGUCUGGAAUUUGAAGACAAGUUAAGUCAGUUUCUAAACUCCUGAUAUUUAUUAGCAUACUUAGGGUCCAAAGAAUUUGUGCUUAGCAUGGAAUCCCGAAAUUCCUUUACAAUUUUCUAUUAACUAUGAUGAUGAAAAGAAGCCAGAGUUGCAUAUUUGGGAUCUUCGUGAUACAAGAGGUCCUUAUGUUUCAUUAGAAAAUGGACACGUUCGUGGUAUUUCAGCUCUUUCUUGGUGCACUACUGACCCUUCUUUAAUAAUUACUGGAGGAGUUGAUCAAAAAGUAGUCUGCUGGAAUAUUAAAAAUAAGGAAAUAAUUUAAAGCUUUUACUUAGGAACCGAUAUUGUUAGUAUUUAGUGGUCUAAAAUUCCUUCCCUUUACAGUGUUGCUCUUUCAGAUGGAACAGUUUAACUAUAUUCCUUGAAUUCAGCUGAAAUUUCUGCAAAUCCUCCUAAAUGGUAUCAGCCAGUUGUCGGCGCUACAUUUGCCCCAAAUAAUGUUCUUUCUUUCUUCAGUGAAAAAAAUGAACAAAUUAUAACUUCAAAAAUUUAUCGUAGCAAGGAAGAAAACUACCAGUCAUAUCAUAGAUGGUUCUAGGAAUUAGAAAAGGUGAUUGAUGAUAAUAACUCAACUGGAUUUUGCGAUUACAAAUUAGGUAAUAUUUACAAAGAAGAUACUUUAGAGUUAGAUUAGUGGAGAUUAUUGAGAGGAGUUGCUUUUGGAAGUAACAAGGAGAUAUUAGAUGCUUUAGGAUUUAAGAAAUAGGAAAUUAUUAAGCGUGCAGAAGACUACACAGGAAAGAAGCACAAAUAUACAAUUGAAGAAGACAAUUCAAAUACUAAAAUGUAGCCUAAGUAAAAGCAAUCAAUUGUAUUUGCUGAAGUUGGCGAAAAAGAAGCAACUGAUAUCUUGGACAAUAUGACUUCUAAUCCUUAACACACUCACAAUAAUAGCAAUCAAGAAAUCAAUGGAAGCCAACUCAAAAAGAGUAACACAAAUAACAUUGAAGAAGUUUAUUUGACUGAGUAAGUCAGCAAAAAUAAAAAUUGGGAUGCUGGUGUUGAAAAGAUGAUUAAGGAAAAUAUGAUUGUAGGAAAUUAUGAAGGUGCUAUCGAUUGCAGUAUGAAAUGUGGUAGAAUGGCUGAAGCUCUAUUGAUUGCUUAUAGUUAGAAUGUCGACUUAUUUAAAUCAACUAUUGAUUAAUACUUUACUCAAUAAACAGAUAAUUUCAUUAAGUAUGUUUUUAAAAAUUUGAUUAAGAACGAUAUUGAAGAUAUUGCAGAAAAUUAUGAUUUGAAGAGUUGGAGAGAAUGUGCUGGCUUGGCCAUUACAUGUUCCAAGAACGCCAAAGAAUUCUAGUAAUUAAUGGAUAAACUUGCAGAAAGAUUCAUUAAAGAAAAGAACGAUGACGAUUCUGCUAUAUGCUGUUUUAUUUUAUCAUAGAAUUUCUAACGUUUGGUAGGAAUUUACUUCAAGCGCAUCUAGGCACUUAGAGCUAACAUAACCUAACGUGCAUACUAUAUGGUUUAAUCAGUUUAAAAGCUAAUUAUUUUGAGAAAAGUUAUGGCUCAAAACUAGUAACAAUUCAGAGGGGCUGAAAAUGCUAUCUAAACUGACUCUAAAUUCAAUACUAUUUUGUUAGAGUUGGCUAACAUUGCUCUAUGCAAUUCAAGAAUUUCUAUUGCUUAUAAAAUAUUAGAUUAAGGAGAACCCACUCAAUUGAAAAUAGCUGAAAUGAAAGACUUAAUUUAUAACGUUUAUUCUGAUGAAUUAGCAAAUAAGUUCCCUAAACCUAUCAUUCCAUACUCUUUUGUUAAAUUUAAUAUUACCAACCAAACCAAAACUUAAGUUGAAGGGAAUAACCAACGUAGAGUCUUUAACUAGUAGGUUGGUGGAUCGACUGUUACUCCUCCAGUAAGUUAGCCUAUUUUAAACCAAAAUGCUGGUAGAAACCCUCAUAAUAAUCCCUUUGUCCCAAGAGAUUCAGGAAGUAUGGUACCUCCUCCUGUGAAAAACCAAAUUAAAGGUAAUUUUCCUCCUCCUGUCAUGAAUCCCCCUCCUGUCAUGAACCCUCCUCCUGUCAUGAAUCCUCCUCCUAUCAUGAAUCAACCUCCUGUUUUAGGUAAUUAAAAUCAAUAAAUACCUCCACCUCCUCUAUAUAAUUAGGGUAAUAAUUUCAACAAACCUGAAGUAAAAGACUUUACUCCUAAUCCAAAUACAUUUGGUUAAAAAGAUACAAGCCACACUAUCCCAGCUAAUCCUAACAAUAAACUAUUCAAAGAAUAAAUUAAAGGUACCAAUGUAGUUCCUCCCCGCCCUAAUCCUAAUACAGUUAAAUCUACUCCAACAGUUCAUCAAAAUUCUGGUAAUAAUAUACAACAAAAUAACAACUUCGAUAAUAGACCCCCAGUUUUAAGUAGUUAAAGCAGCUAAACUAAACCUCCUGCUUUAAAUUAACCUAAUAACAAUUUGAACGAAUCAAUUAAUAGAGUACCACCAGUCCAUAAUCCUCCUGCUAACAUUCCCCCAAAUAAUUAAAACCGCUUUGUUCCACCCAAUCCAGUAAAGGCUGGAGGCAUGGUACCUCCUCCAGUUGUUAAUUAAAACUUGGUUAAAAGUGAAUCAAACAGCAAUCCCCCUCCUCCUCGCCCAAAUCAACCUGUUUAAAAUACAGGAGGAUAAAGUGUCCCUCCAUUCAAUCCUAACCAAGGUAAUAAAUUUAAUUAGCCUCCUGUAAACGUCAUGAGCUAAACUCGCCCCCCAAUAAGUAUGAAUAUAAAUAAUAACUAACCCCCAGUUGGAGUUGUUGAUUAACCUCCUAUAUCUAAUGCCCCUCCUCCAAUGGUACCUACUUAAUCUAGAACACUAAGUUCAUAAUCUGCUGCCUAUAUUGCUAGUCCCUAAGAAAUUUAACUAAUUGAAGGAUUUAUCAAUGCUAAUAUAGGCUUAUUUGAAUAAAUAGAUCCAAAGAAGAAAGAUGAACAUGGAUAAUACUUAAACUAAUUGCUUAGCCUUUUGAAAAAUAACUAAUUGAAGCAAGAAUAAAUUUCUCUUCUCUGCUAAAUCAGUAAUGAGAUGGGUAGCAAUAAACAAAAAGAAGCCUAGAAUACUCAUGGAAAACUGACUCGUGCUUGUACUUCUGACUACGCUACCCAUAAACAUUGGAUUACUUCUCUUAAACGUUUGAUUAUUUAAAAGUGA